AUGAGUGACCACCAGAAUCCACCAACGGAGACAGCAAGUGUCAGCGACGUCCCUACCUCGAAGACAGCUAGCGUGGCCGAUACGCCGCCUAUCGCGGGCACCCCAGACAACGGCAGCGAUUUUUACAACACACCCUUGACAGGAGGAACCCCGAUUGUGAAUGUCAGCAACAUAGCUCCUGAGGGUCAGUUCAAACAGGAGGCCCCCGAAUCAAAGCCCCAGCCGAGCCUCCCCGGAUUGAACCUCGCCGAAAACCUCCACCAACAGGAACCUGGCACGAUGCACAUCAAAGAAGAGCCUACUGCCAACGGUGAAACCAUGGAGGUUGAGCAAACAGAUAACGACGUCAAAGAAGAGGAGCACCCAGAAUGGGAGGUCGACUCUUCCCCAUACGAGUCAUCUUCAGACAGCUCCGACUCCUCGGACUCCGACGAUAGCGACGACGAAGAUUAUCCGAUUCUGAGCGCCGAAGAACAGGCGCGCAUUCUCAUGCAGGCAGAGGCUGGCGAAGACGACGACGGAGACAAGGGCAAGACUGGCGCACAUCUUCGGACCGCCAACGAGAUUGAGCAAGAAGUUCUGCCAAUUCCCGAAGUUGAGAUUACACCCGAGACGAAGAUCGUGUUCCUGGGCAAGAUCCAGGCAGCUAUCGACAAUGCUGUUCUCAUUGAAGCCAACACAUCUGGAGAGUACCAAGUCCUUGAGUCGGGCUCCUUGCUCUGCUCCGCUGACCGUAAGGUUGUUGGUGUUGUGACGGAAACCCUAGGCAGAGUCGAGAAUCCCAUGUACACCGUCAUGUACUCUACGGCAUCCGAAGUCCAGGAGAGAGGCUUGGUCAAGGGCAUGGACAUCUUCUAUGUGGAGGGACAUUCUACAUUCGUUUUUACCCAGCCACUGAAGGGCAUGAAGGGAAGUGACGCCUCGAACUUCCACGACGAGGAAGUAGGCGACGAAGAGAUCGAAUUCUCCGACGACGAAGCGGAGGCUGAAUACAAGCGGAAGAUUAAGCAGAAGCGCCAAGAGCGCAAGGAAGCCCGGGACGGCCCUCGCGCAAAGAAGGUUGCACCAGGGCCAUCCAAAUUGAGCCACACCGAGCUCAACUACGAUGACGCCGGGGGCGAGGAUGGUUACACCCCUCUUGCACGCCCCACAAACCUCCACGAGAUGAUGGGUGCCCGUGAGGCCCCUGUCGAAGGCACCGAGCGCGGCGGUUUCCGCGGUGGACGAGGCCGUGGACGGGGUGACCGUGGUCGUGGAGCACGCGGCAGAGGCGGAGCCGGACGUGGAGGAAGGGAGUGGGAGGACCGUCAUCCUCACCAGCAAGGCAGCUCAAACUACGAGUCUCAGCCUCAGCCUCAGCCUCAAACCCAAGCCCAGCCCACACCCUACGGCCAGCCCAUGUACCAGCAACCUCAGCCUGCCUACGGGAUGCCCCAGCCUUACACCGCAUACGCACAGUACGCUCAGCAGCAAGCUCAGAACCCGCAAUUCGCACAACAGCAGCAAAUGCAGCCGCAAUUCGGUCAAGGUGGAAUACAGGCUCAAUUCCCCUUCCAGUUCCCCUUCCAGCAGGGUUAUCAGAUGCCGGGUAGCUUCCAGGGUGCUCAUAUUAACCCAGCUUUCCUGGCUGCUCUGCAACAACAGCAGCAGUUCCAGCAGCAACAGCAAUUCCAACAGCCUCAGCCGCAGCAGCAGCAAUAUCAGCAGCCACAGGCUCAAAACCCGGCUAUGAACUUUGACCAGGUUAAAGCCCAGCUGGAUUUGCUGCGGAAUCUCAGCAGCGGGAACCAGGGUCACCAGGGUCCUCCUCCUUCCUGA